AGAAUCGAUGUGCAGAAGCGACUGAAUAACUUCCAAGAGUAUAUCAAUAAACGUGCAUUAUUGGAGUGGGUACGUAUAACUGGAUGCGAAAAUCCUCAUAAAUGGAAAUACGAUAAAUUACUGCCAAACCUUGCAAACGCAAUAGUGUCGUACGAUUUUUGGAAGUACUUCAUGUCUGAAGGUAGGAAGCGCUUAGCAGAAUAUAACAAGGACAAAGGAACUAAAAUAGCAAUCUUGAAGGAGCUCACAAUAAAGAGCUCCGAUCAAAACAAUUUAGGCUUAUUGUUACGUAUGAAAAUAACCGACAUCUACAAGGCAAAAGGGAAACCCGUACCGGAUAUGUUUAUAAGGCGUGGCAUGAUACACUGCCGGUUUUUGAUGAGGUUCGAUAUGAACAUACUGAAGAUGGAUAUAAGGCCUAACCGAAUUGUGUGCUCAAUGUCCGAAAAGGAGAAGGAAGAAUUCAAUGAAAGGUCACGACAAAUAGUGGUGCACAAUACAAGUGGGCGAAAGCGUACUAUAGCCGGAGCAUUAGAAGAGGAGGAUCUUCCUAUGGAGCGUAUAAUGGAAGGAGUGAAAACUGUUGGAUGUAUGGAGGGGCAAACAGUAGAAAACAACCUACACUCCAAAGAG